AUGAAGCCCAACUGGUUUAGUCUCCUGGCUGCCAUCCCCACUGCCUUUUCAGCACCACUGGCAGAGGCAGCUUCCGAGGCCGUUACUAAAAGCCACGGCCAGCGGUGCAACUCGACGAACCCGACGGCCUCUGCAUACGACAAAACCGAGCUUGAAUUUCGUAACACAUUUCAUCUUAGUACCGCAAUAUGCGGUUCUGUAUUGCUGCUUUUUUGGCAGUAUUAUGUGCGGCAUAGCGGCUACACAUUGAGCCGCAGGUGGUGGCACUCCACAGAUGAUGUGAUGUGGAUACUGAUGGGCUUAAUCAGUAUUUCCUGGACAGUUAUUAUCCCAGUCUCUGCCUUAUACUGGGAUCACUGCGCCUCGAUAGACGGAGUCUUCAUCUGGUGGGCUAUUCGGCGUAUUAUACAGAUGUUUAGUGUUGGUAAAUUAUGCCGACGAUCCUAUUGGGAGGCAGUAAUUGUCUUCAUUCUCACUGUAUUCCCAGCAGUCCGGGCAGCCGUUGGAGCUCUGGAGGCAAAGCUCUAUGUUCUUGGAAUGCUCACGUUUGCCUGCAUAGCCAUGUUUUUCCUUAUAUUACCAGUCUCCUACCGUGUCUCCAACUACGAUACACACCUGGCUCAUCGUAUGGCUUAUGUCCUUCCAUAUCACAGCUUCUAUCACAGCUCCGGCUUUAGCCCAGUGAUCAGCUACAGUAUCGACAGCGAGCAACAACUCCUAAAGUCCAACAAACAGUUCUUGGAACCGAUGGACACGAAGGAUUGGAAAAUACAGCACUGCAGAGCAGCUGCUCACACAAUCGUGACAAGCCUUAUUGAAAAUAUCGACGAUGACAGGAAGAUGAUUCAGAGACUGGGCUCUUGGUUAUACCUGCAUCCCAACGUACACGAGAGAUGGCCAGCGCUGCCAACCAGGAAUGGAAUAUUACGCCCCGGAUAUUUUCUAAUUGGUAGAGAUGUCGUAUUUGCCCUUCUUCUGUGGGAACGUCUCGUUUUCGAGCGUCGCUGGCAGCUCGACAAAGAAUUCCGCGACCGAGUUUGGCUGCUCCAUGAGCGAAAAUACACCGGAAGAGGGUUAAAUGACUCGCCGAAUAGGAAUAUACCAGCUACGAGAGGCAAGCCUAAAAAGGGUGACGGCCUCGACGGCCUUUUGGAAGCAUUUGAUGAAGUUUACCGCAUUCUCGACCAUACGAGUCCACAGCGGCUAAACCCGCCAUCCAGCUCCGUGGUGGACGACUUGGUACCAGUGACGUCAGUUGAAGUUUAUGCAGUGAAACUUUGGGAGGCUUGCUGGAAAGAAUAUCCGAGUACAUUUGGAGCCUUAUACCUCUGGACUACGGUCUGGUAUAUCGAUAUGGGGAAUAUUGGAUUUCAUACGACGCCAUUACUCCCAAACUCAAAAGCAGAACGAGAUACAAAACUCUGGCUGGACUAUGCCCCAGAUUAUAUGACCGCUUGGAGGAUCCGGUGGAGGUAUCUAUGGCACAGUAGCAUACUAUGCCAGCUUGUGAUUAUGCUUCCCACUAUUAUUAAGGGACUUGUAGUAGGGAUUAUGUGA